UUAAUGCAUGAACUUAAAUUUUCAUUUUCAGCGUAAACUGAUAUUUGCCCCAUUCGUAAAAUGAAAGGAUUCUUCCGUAAGAUUAAAGGAAGUUUGGAAUGUUUUUCUGCAUCAAGUACAGAUUUAUCAAAAUCCCUGUCAUGCGUGGAGUCAAUCAGAUCUCAGAGAGCCAGGAUCGAAAGAAGUCUGAGGAAACGGAAACGUGGCGACAUGAUUAAGAUGAUACGAAAAGGUUUUCUGCACUACGCCAUAUAUAUAGGCAGAGACAAGAUCGUUGAUUUAGUCGCAGAUAAUGGUGGUGAAGUUAGCUCACGUAAUCUAUACGAGACUGUUGGUGACAGCGAAUGUGCGAUCGACAACUACUUGGACGAGCAGCGCAGUCCCUACAGCAAGAGGCGGGUUGUACAGCGGGCAUUAUUGUCGAUUGCGGACCAGCAUAUAUACAGCCUAGGAACAUACAACUGUGAACAUUUCGCGACGUGGUGUCGGUAUGGGUACAAAUGUUGCCAUCAGCCGUGUGAAGUGGCCGCCAUGUUUGGAGCUAUAAGUGAAUCAAGCCUUUCCUCAAGCUGAUGAACCCGUCUUUAUAUGACAAGGAUGUUAAACUCCAAUUAAAGUUAAAUGAUAUUUUUAACAUAUAAAUAUGUUUUGAAAUAUGUAUGCACACGUCAGAUGUUAAUUCUUGUAGUAUUAAUUCAUAGUAAAAAUUAAAUCCUAAAUUUGCUAUUGUGUAUAAAAUAUUAAAAAAAACAGCAGUGAAGUGAUCAGAGUCUCUCAAAUGUAUUGACACGUGACUUUAUCAUCCCGUAAAGAGUUCAGAAAAAAGUAUUUUCCUGUUGAAACGACAUAUGUAGCAGAGACUUACUUUAGUAUGCACUAAACGUGUGGUAAACCAGAAUUUGCUAGGUAUUUUUGUCAAACAAACUACAUUUGUAAUUGGUACCUACUUCGUUUUGUCGUUUUAAAGAUGAAGUACUCAUCGACAUACCAGCAGGCAAAUACUAGUGUAUUUGCGGUGAGUAUUAGCACGGAGUGGUUUUUUUUCACUUUCGAUGAUGAUGAUGAUGAUGA